UGGCGCGACCAGCUCUACGCCCGCGGCCAGACUGGCGUACGGUAACUCUUCUUGCAGUCACCCUGCAUCCCGCCAUGUCCUUCUUUACGAUGUCGCCGGCAGUGGUCCAGCGAACUGCCUUCCCCAGUACAGCAGUAGUCCCGUCAGCAGGCACUGCAGGGGCUGCAGCAGGUGAAGGCGUGACGGGCAUCGCAGCCGAGCGCCAGGACAUGUUGGGCGUGAACGGUGUGGACGUGCUUCAACCGGAAUCGAGCGAGGACCUCGAGGAAGAGCCAUCGCCACCGUUCUCGCCAGGUAUUGCUGCUUUGAACAAUAGUGGAAGCAACGCGAACAACGGCGGUAGGACUACUAGGGUACGAGCCGCAGCAGCAACGAAGGACCGGGCCGCAGCAGCCACAGCUGCUGCCACUACUGCUGACGCAAGAAAUAGACAACCAACACGGAGUCUGGAGAGCGUGCGGGGGUCGCUGAUCCGACAGGAGGAGACGAUCAUUUUUGCGUUGAUCGAGAGGGAGCAAUUCCGCUGCAACAAUGCCAUCUACACUGAUCGGACCUUCCGGGUGAACCGCAGAGAUGCAGCGGACAUCUACGGUCGAGAUGCGAGCUUCUUGGAGUACAUGUUGUGUGAGACAGAGAAACUGCACGCGACAGUUAGACGUUACAUGAGCCUCGAAGAGCUCGCCUUUUUCCCGAUGUUUCUGCCCGAGCCGAUUUUGCCGCCACUUGACUUCCCUCGGCUAUUGGCUCCGAACGACGUCAACGUGAACGACCAAAUUCUCAAGCGGUACGUGUCGGAGAUCGUCCCGAUGAUCUGCGAGCCGGGAGACGACGAGCAGCACGGCUCGUCCGUCGUGUGUGAUGUCAACGCGCUGCAGGCACUCAGUCGGAGGGUUCAUCUCGGCAAGUUCGUCGCCGAGAGCAAGUUUCAGGAAGACAGCAAAACCUACCAGGACCUUUGCCGGGCGGGAGACGCGCGCGGUGUGUUGGAGCUACUGACCAAUAAGGCCGUGGAGGAAAAGGUGCUUAAGCGGGCCUUCAUGAAGGCGUCUAUGUACGGCAGCGACAUCAACGACGUGUCCGUCUCAGCCGAGGACGCAAAGGGCGGUGACGUCGCCGCCAAGGCGGAGCAGAACUUCAAGGUCAACCCGCAGUGCAUUGUUGACAUCUACCGGGACACGGUGAUUCCGCUCACGAAGGACGUGGAGAUUCUCUACCUUUUCCAGAGAACGGGCUACCCGUGCCCAUCGUUGGAGGGGAUACACGACAUGUGAAUCGUGCGGUCCUGUCUCGACGUGGCACUUGUCUGCAGAAAUCUGUCUGGCCUCUCGCAGUUCACCCGGUCACCGUCCCGAUACGAUUUUGUUUUGCUCUUGCGGGAGCCUAGUAGUAUGUUCAUAAGGUAUUUCGGCUUUCGCCGCCCCGCUCGUAGAUCAAGUGCAAGAUAGGUGAAAGUGUGUCAUUCAUCCGUGUGUACAUGCCUACCCCGACAUGUGAUAAGCGGGCAUUUUUCCAGAAUGGGCAUAUACAGGGGGGUGAAGGUUGAUAGCGUGGGAGACUGAGGGGGUGUUAGGCGGUAGCUGGGAGGGGGGGGAGAGACCCAAUUACGUAGAAAUCUGUCUGUGACUUAGAUCCGAGCGCCGAGGAUCGCUACUUGUGUGUGUGUGAGGGGGGCUAGACCACUACGCGAUACAUGUAUAGAGAUUGAAAAGCACAACGAGCAACAGCCAGGAGGAAAGCCAUGGCCAAACGGACAUGAUCGGUUCGCAACGCCUAUCUCAGAAAAUGUGUCCGUGCAUGGAAGUUCACGUGGUGCGAGAAAACGGGCCUUGAGGUCUGAAUCGGAUGUUUGUUUCCAUGCAGUGGAGACGGGACCUGAGGGUAGGUAAAUGUGAGGGACGCCUUGUUAAGUGAAACCACAAAAGGUGCAUGCUGCACAAAAUCCGUUGAUGUUUGUUGGUCACCACGUAUCAUUGUGGAGGCGGGGUGCGGCCGCCACUUUUGCCUGUUGUAAGUGUGCACACGUGACAUUGCUUCAGUGGGAGCCCUGGGUUGCCCUCCUUAUACUUUCUGCUGUCAUCCCCACCUCUGAAUUGCUUUGUGUUCAGCAAAAGCAUAGACCACCUUUUUGGUGUCAAGCUUCUACAAGGUGCCAACAAUUCGCCAAGAAUUUAAUUUUUUGUGUGUCAUAUGGAACGUUCCCAACUUGUUCAAGUGUACUCCUCCACCCGCUAUCCAUCGUUGUUCGGGCAGUUUUCCAAAAACUCCGUCGAGCGCUGCAUGUACGGUAGCGGCGCCUUCGCAGUUGCUUGAAAGCCCCAUUAGGUUUACAUCCACCGCGGCACUACGAUGCCAUUAGCCAAGUGUUAUUAGUCCAGCACACGCAACGCCGUGGGUGCACACUUGUGAUGUGUGAUCAUGAGAACAUGUUAAACGCGAGCAACGGGAUAUGUAGUUUUGGUGUCCAACAACGUAUUUUGCGUAGUGUCCGUUUGGCCCUCCAGCAACGCGUAAACCUUUAUAUUGCUACUCAACCACCGAACGAGCUCGGUCGAUUCCCUGACGCAAUGGGGGAAACAGCGGCAGCCCGGAGGACAAGUUGCUGUGGAAACUCCCCUUACACCGAAUCCCAACGGUACGAGAAAAAGCAGCCACCCCGGUCGAAAUACCUUUCCGCCCCGCGGCUGGGACAUUCCGAAUUGUUUUCCAUACCUCACUAGAGGAAUCUGCCCGAGUCGGACCGAACGACAAGCAACGAAGUUGCCAAACAUAUCCUACAGCAAUAAAACAAUUAUCAGACGAGUCCCGAGCUCUGAUCAUCCCCAAUACGAGAGGCGCACACGGCCUACGGUCUCGGCACGCUCUCAGAAAAAACACAACGAUUUGCUGGAAGACGAUAUUUGGCCCAUCUUCCAUCAAAGAGAUGGGAUCGAUGUCCACGCCCACCAACAGCUACACCAGCUGGGUGAGGCUGUUCCCAAGCCUCAGCCCUACCCUCCCGCUGGGGGAACGAUAAAGCCACAACAAGUAAGCCCCCCGCCGACGCAACGCCCGGUCGGUCUGAGCAUCCGGGUCCAGCUUUCUCACGAACUCAAUAUCCUGUUUCAUGCUGCUUUUUUUCUCUUCAGCUAGAAACCCUACGAUAUUGGUCGCUGUUCAGCCCUUGUUAGCGACCGCCUUUUUUUCGUCGGUUCCCUUCUCAGCAGUUCCGGUUGUCACUAGCCAACAGUAGCUGCAGCGCGGUGAUGUCCGUGCGCAAUACGUUUGCCUAUAGGCUUGCGCCAUGCUUCACUACUAUGCGCCCGCAGUACUCUUCGUGGUGGCAGCGAGAUGAACGGGUGCGUGGUUGCCGUUUCUGGUCUCCUCUGGCUCAAAGGUUGGCACCAGCCUUGGCAAGCAUGCCCACCGCCCGGGUUGUAUCGAGUCGCGGCAACAUGAAGGGCGUAAAAGCCAACACCGCUUCUGCAGCAUUCACGUGUACGACGUGCUCGAUUAUCGCCAACAUGACAUUCUUUACGUUUUGCGUGUUUCUGGCAUCCAUGCUUAGCGCCGCCAAACCAUUCCCACCUCGUCAAAGGGUAACGUCUGCUCCAGCAGCCAAGAGGGCUUGCAUGGGUGCCCCGUGGAAUGGCGUCCAACCCUCUUCAUCCAUCUUGUCGAAUUGCCAGCCCUCGCCACCAACGGCUGCACCACCUCCGCUCUGCCGCGAGCGGCAACGUGGAGAGGGGUGGAUCCGCCUGUGACACGACAACCUUCGCAUCUGCUCCACUCUCUUCCAAGAUCGCCGUCGCCACAUCCACAUGCCCCUACAUCGAGAGCCCACAUGUAGCAUAAUUGGAGAUUAGCAUUCACUAGCAGCUAGGAGGGCUUGGGUCAUAACCAUGUGACCCACAAUGGCUGCUUGAUGAAGCGGCGUGCUGCGCCACCCAACGUAUCCUUAUCGAGCCCCUUGUCCACUAUCAAUUGCACGAUGUCUCUGCCACAUACAGCAGUGUCCCAUGGAGACGGGGGAGCUCAACGAUCUCCGAACCGACCCGAUCCAAGUCGUCCAUACAUGAUUUGUCUGGGAGGUAACUUUCAUCCCAAGAUGAAACGAAAGGCGGGACAAUGUCUGGUGGUGGUGGUGGUGGUGCUGC